AUGCCUCUUUAUGAUUGUCUAAUGUUACUGAAGUCCCGCAUUGACAAGGGACAAUUGAAGGACCUAGUUGGCAAGGUUGCCACCCAUGUUUACUCUAGAAAUGGAGUCCUCACCGACAUCAAGUCUUUUGGGGCUGUUCAGUUGGGAUACGGCAUCAAGAAGCUGGAUGGAAGGCACUAUCAGGUGCGUGUUCAUCUUCCCUUACUGUGAGAUCACACCUCCCUGUGGUUGGCAUGCUUUUAGAUGCAUUUCUUCUCCUCUUCUCCGCGUAUCUACUUCAUUUUCAUGGUUCUAGGAGAGGGGCCACGUAUAGCCUUCAUUUCUCUGUGUUGGGUAAUCUUGACCCUGCUUUGGAUGAUCCUGGUUGACCUGAGCAAAGUCAAUCAAUCCGGGGUUUAUUAUCUGACUGCCUGAUAAUUCUAUAAAGUCAACAAAUGUUCCUUCUCUUCUCCGAAUUCUCCCUACUUCUACCACCUAAUUUUCCGGAACAUCAAGGAUGAUUACGUUAAUAAUCUCUUCAAUAAACACUUUAUAUGUAAUUCCCCGGAUCAAUGAAAACCUCUUCAUCAACAAUGAAGAUAUUUAUAAUCUCGUGUUUUUCUCUGACUAUUUUCAUCGCCACCACCUGAUUUCGCAGCACCUCGACGAUGAUUUCAUCGAUAAUUAAUCUCUCCGAUAAUUACCGUUUAUUUUCCUUAAGAAAUGCCUCACUCAUGUUCUGGUCCAAGUACUCCGUCACUGAUCCGUUCUGCGACAGAUAGCAUCGUUUCUCAGUUACUGUUUACUCCCUCGUCGCUGCAACCAGAGUUUUCGUAGCAGACCGCUCAUCCUCUCUCUGUCCUUGCCCAGGGCCAACUCAUGCAGAUGACCAUGAUGGUCCCUCCGAGCUUUCCCAAGGAACUGCACUACCUGAGCAAGGAGGACCGGCUCCUGCGCUGGCUCGUGGUGAAACACAGGGGCGUCAAAUAUGGGAUCGAGUUCCUGAACGAGGAAGAAGGCCGGGGCGGCCUGCGGUUCCCCACCGGCAGCCUCACCACCAGAGACGGCGACGACGACGACGAGGACGACGAGGACGAGGAUGAAGAAGACGCCGACGUGGACGAAUUCGGGGAGGAACAGGAAAAUACCGUCCGCGUAGACUAG